CUGACAUCGCGGACAUAAAAAAAAUGUUUAUAUAAAUAUUGUAUUGAUAUGGUGUCAGAAAUGGACAUCUAAAAAUGCUACGUCAUAGGGUCUAGGUUGAUUAGGAAUGCAUUGUUUGUUUACCUUUUUUAUUUUAUUUAGAGUUAUUUCUCUUGUUUUCUUUAACAGGCCGUUCAAGAUUCAAACUGUGGAUUAUCAGAAGAAUAUAAGACUCUACUGAAUACUUGCGAUCAGGCAAAGUUUACCAUGACAGAAGGGGGAGUUGAGCUAGUGAAUGUCAAAAAAGUGGAGACCAAUCACGAAGACGACACUUCUGCUAAGCUGGACAUUGAAGAUGUCGGUCCAAAUCCUGUUACUGGGGUCUGCGCUUCUCUCGUAGAAAAAUUAGAGCUGUGGCUGGAAAAAAAUUACUUAAGAAAUCAAGGUUACCUCUGCGUGAGUUUCAAGGUCAUUGUGUUCUUGGUCUAUAUGACUUACUUUAGUUACUGCAUGUACUUCAGGUUUGGUGAUGAAGGUUCUAUCAUUCUGCUGGUAGGGACACUUCUCUAUCUGUGCAUCAAGUGUAAGCGUGUGCUUAGUUUAAAGGGAUACAACUGCUCCAUACAAGAGAGAUGGAUUAAAAUUAUUGGACCGAAACGAGGCAAAAUUAUACAAAAAUUUAAUCGCUAUGGCCUUUAUCUAGUUUCAUUCGCUGGUCUCGCUGUGUAUUUUGGCCUGGAUAUUUUGACCGAGGAUCCAAGGAACAGCCAAUCCCUUCUGGGCAUCGCUACUUUCAUUGUGAUCUGCUUCCUGGUCUCAACUAAACCCAGUAGAGUUAAUUGGCAUCCUGUCUACUGGGGUUUCGUCCUUCAAUUUGUGUUUGCAAUCUUCACUUUGCGCACACAGACUGGCUAUGCUAUAUUCAAGCGGCUUGGUGACGUAGUGACACAGCUGGUCAGUUUCUCAGAUGCCGGAGGAACCUUUGUCCUUGGUAGCAAUUACAAAGCUAUGGGACUUGGGUUUUCGGUGGCUGCUGUUGUUAUAUUUUUUAACUCCAUCAUAUUUCUGUUGAUUCACUGGGGUGUUCUAGAAGCUGUGGUGGUCAACUUUGGAUUCGUCAUAUCCUACUGUUUGAAUACCGGACCAGUAGAGUCCGUCAUCGCUGUGGCCAAUAUUUUCAUCGGUUCAAGUGAAGCUCCUCUCUUGAUCAAGACUUACUUGCCAACUCUGAGUUUGUCUGAACUGUGUGCAGUCAUGACCUGUGGCUUUGCCAGUAUCUCGGGCGGUGCACUGGCGUUUUUUAUAAGCCUUGGGGCUCCGCCCAAUCACCUGUUGACGGCCGCUGUUAUUUCAGCGCCUGCCGCUCUGGCCUUUUCAAAACUUAUCUGUCCAGAGACACAGAGAGUGAAUGUCGAUGCGCAGAAAGAUAUUCAAAUAACAGACAAUUCAGGCGCCAAACGCAAUGCUUUGUCUGCUGCAGCAGACGGCGCUGUGUCUGGAGUCAAGAUUGUCGCCGCCUCAAUGUCAAACAUGCUGGCUUUCGUCUGUAUCAUUAAAUUGAUUGACGCCAUCUUGGACUGGUUCGGUCAACGGGCAGGUCUAUCAGGAGUUAGUUUUACAACUAUAUGUUCCUAUCUCCUGUACCCUCUUGCAUACGUCAUGGGUUCAGAUCCUCAGGACUGUGGUAAACUAGCUGCGCUAAUUGGAGUAAAGCUCUUCGCUACGCCUAUCGUCGGCUACACAGAACUAGGCAAAAUAAUUAAAAACAGGCAUGUUUGGGAAGCGUAUGUAUCUAAAAGAAACACAUCGGCAUGGCAUUGGUCAGGAGAUGACGUCAUUCUGGACAAUGUGAAUGUCACAUUAGUCAAUGGUUUCAUGUCGGAGAGGUCAGAAGUGAUAGCCACCUACGCCAUGUGUGGCUACUCCGCCGUGACUGCCAUCGGCAUUACCUUGGGUACGUUAGUCGCCAUGUGUCCGCCCAGAAAGAAUGACGUCAUCAAAAUGGUGAUGAGAGCCUUCAUUGCUGGCAAUGUGGCCAGCUUCGCUACUGGGGCUGUUGCAGGUUUACUCUAUAGAGACCGCUCAUAAGCUAUUAUAUAGAACAUUUGCCAGUGGUGUGUGCUUGAUGUAUGAGUACCUGGACCUGUCUGAAAUGCAAAGUACUUUCUUCACUCGUAUUUGUGAUACAUGUCUUAAUGAAGUUUUUAUUUGCUUAAUUUAGACAGGUGUUUUAUAUCUUUAAUACAACGAAAUAUAAGUAAACUUUUUUUUAGUUAUAUACAAAUAUAUAUUGUUAUAACCCUAUUGACGGCGCAAAAGGGUUAAUGUGUGUUCGGCCUACUGACACACACGACUCAGGCCAAUCAUUCAGGUCAAGGGCUGUCGAUAGACAAAGAACAGUACUGGUAUGAACUUUGCACGCAAAUAUGACAAGUGUUAUGGUCAUCUGAUCAUGGGCCUGCGCAGACCAGAGACACAGUGUGUAAGAAAGCGGCAGUUCAAGACCGGAUACCGGGACUGUUAGUCAGCCAUGAAGCCGGUCCUGGUGCAGUCCUCCAAUGAAACGUACGAGUCCAGGAAGAGACAGUAGAGUUAUGAGUUUAGUACAGUGAUAUACAGUCUAACGUUGUAGUAGUUGAUUGUGUUGCCAAUUGUGUCGUAUUGGCUGUUUUAGUUGACCCUUAUUAAAGUACCAGAUUAUU